CCCUCUUCUCCCUUUCUUCCCCUCAUCUUCCAUCCUUCUGACUUCAACACGAGACGAUCGUCCACCUGUUCUGAUUGGGUUGCCUGUCGCGUGCCAUGCAUCCCCGGCAUGCAUUCACUCACUUUUCUUCGAGUAUUCUUUUUUAUUCUGACUCUUCUCUUCCUAGGCUCCCAACUUUUUCGUACGACCUUUUCUUUCUCCGAAGCGACACCUUUUCGAUAGUUAUCCCAGCCCUAUGCAACCAUCUUCGCUGGUUUCCCAGAAAGCGCCUCGUUGAUUUUACCGCUUCGUGAUCCCUUGCGACAACCCCCUGCGGCUUUGACUUAUAGCCUGCUCGGCAACAAUGGAGGAUACCGACAGAAUCACCAACAAAUCAAGCGACCAUGGCGAUCUGGACGCAGAUGCUGCCAAACUGGCAGAGAUGGGCUAUACACAGGAUAUGGAGCGCAACUUUUCCGUCAUCUCACUGCUGGGCGUUGCCUUUUCUCUGGCGAACUCGUGGUUUGGCAUCUCUGCCUCCCUCAUCACAGGCAUCAAUUCAGGAGGAACUGUCUUGACCAUGUACGGCAUUCCAUGGAUCGCGUUUGUCUCUACCUGUGUGGGAGCAACGCUGUCUGAGCUCGCCAGCGCCAUGCCUAAUUCUGGAGGACAGUAUUUCUGGGCCAGCGAGUUGGCCCCGAGACAGUAUGCCAGUUUUGCUUCAUAUUUGACUGGGUGGCUAGCGUGGGCUGGGGCUAUCUUCACCUGUGCCAGUGUCGCCUUGAGCUUGGGCUCUGCAGGUGUAGGGAUGUGGCAGUUGUCGCAUCCAGACUUUGUCAUCGAACCCUGGCAUGUGGUGGUGGCAUACCAGGUUAUCAACUUCUUCUCGUUCCUAUUCAACUGCAUCGGAAAGCUACUCCCCAAAGUGGCCACCACGACUCUGUACAUCUCUCUGAUAGCCUUCGUCGUCAUUCUCAUUACUGUCCCUGCAGCUGCCCCAACGCACGCAACGGCCAAGUUUGUCUUUACCAAUUUCGUUAAUUCCACCGGUUGGCCUUCAGAUGGCAUUGCCUUCCUCAUCGGUCUCAUCAACCCCAACUGGGUCUUUGCCUGUCUCGACUCGGCCACCCAUUUGGCUGAGGAAGUGGUCCAUCCCGAACGCAACAUUCCCAUUGCGAUCAUGUGUACCGUCUUGAUCGGAUUCCUGACAUCCUGGUUCUACUGUAUGGCCAUGUUCUUCAGCGUCAACAACCUCGACGACAUCAUCAAUACUUCCACCCAAGUCCCCAUCCUGGCGCUGUACUACCAGGCUUUGAAAAACAAGGCUGGAGCGAUAGUCCUGGAAAGCCUGAUCCUAGUCACCGGCAUUGGUUGCCAGAUCGCCUGUCAUACCUGGCAGUCUCGUCUCUGCUGGUCAUUUGCCCGGGACCGUGGUCUUCCAUUCUCCAACUUCCUAGCCACUGUUCACCCAACCCUCGACGUACCGUUGAACGCCCACAGCGUCAGUUGUUUUAUUGUAGGUUUGCUGGGCUUGUUAUAUCUAGGCUCAUCGACUGCCUUCAACAGCAUGGUCACAGCCUGUAUUGUGCUGCUGUACACCUCGUAUGUCGUCCCGAUCGUGUGCCUGCUCUGGCGAGGCCGCAAUAACAUCAAACACGGCCCGUUCUGGCUGGGAAAAGUUGGAUUGGCAUGCAAUUUUGUCGUUCUGGGUUGGACGUUAUUUUGCCUAGUGAUUUAUUCGUUUCCUUCGGUUUAUCCUGUGACUGCAGGUGACAUGAAUUACGUCUCAGCCGUGUAUGGCGUCGUAGUGGUAAUUAUCUGCAUUGAUUGGGUGGUUCGUGGGCGACGAUCUUUCCGUGGUCAAACGGCUCGCCACCGGGAAGUUGAAGCUCAGAUUCAGUGAUAUAUAUUUGUAGACUUGGUGCUAUAGAUAGCUCCGCAUUUGUUGGUGAUAAUUCCACUAGACUUUGUAUCGUUUUUCAGCCCAUUUAAAUAUCAUCAAAAUAAAAUAUUCCCAUCUCAUUGCAUCAAGCGAACCAGACAAGCUUCGAAUGACUCGUCAUCCACCCUGACGAUCUUC